AUGAAUACCUCCAACCCGGCAGCAGAAGCGAUAGACCAGCUGCACCCGGACAUAAGACCCGAUGACAGCACUAGGAAAGAACACGCCAGUGCCUAUCAUGCGAAUCCUUGGGAUAUGUUUAUGGAUUUUGGCGCGGCAGAUCCCGCACGAUCAUCCGUCGAUGGGACGAAGAAUGAUCAAAUCCGGAUAACACUAGAAAUGCUAGAUGCCGAGUUGUUGGAGUUCAGUGACCAGAAUCUGGCCCGCCUACUAGGCCACGAGCUCGUGAAUAUUACAUACAUCGCCAUCUGGGAGUUCCGGGAUGCACUCGAGCGCGAGCCCUGGAGAGAUAUGCAUCCCGAACGACUGGAUUGCUAUGUAGGCGCUAUUGCGGAGUGGAUUAAGUAA